UAUCUAAAUCUGUGUGAUGGUGGUCUCGAGGGUGACACAUGACAUGUGCCAUGCAAAUGUUGCGAUGCCCUCCUUCUCCUUCUCCUCCUUGGCUGAGGCUGAGGCUGAGACUAGAAUAGAUUAGACCACCCCAAUUCCUCCUCCUCCUCCAUGAUCCCCUCCGCCUACGCCAUCCCACGCCGGAGCCCCUUAACCUGUCCCUGCUGCCGGAGGCGUCGCCGCAAUGUUGCCGCCGGGAGGCCGCCACUCGUCGCCUCCUCGCUCACGGCCAGGGCGCUCGCCGCCGGCCUCUGGAGGCUGCGCCAAGCGGAACGCUCCUCCGCUCGCCGGCAAGAUAAUCUGCCUAGGGCCCUCCUUGGUGGGCGGAAAGCGAAAGCGCGGAGUGAUUUUGGGGUUGGGAGGCAGCAGCAAUCCUUUUGUACUAGGAAGCACGGCCAUGGCAACGGAAUCUUAGACAAGAUUGAGGCGGAGUAUGGAUUUGGUGGUUUGAUGGAGGAGAAGGCAAGCAAGAGGUGGAGGGUGGAGGCUGCUGUGGAGAUGAGGAAGGCCGCGGAGGAGAAGGCGUGGUGGAAGAGCAAGGCCCGGUGCGCGGCGAUGGCCCUGAGGGAGGAGCGGCAGCACCGGCGGCAGCUGGAGGCCGCGAACGGGAGGCUGCUGAAGAAGGUGGAGAGGGAGCGGAAGGCGCGGGAGGUGAUGGAGGCGGCGUGCGAGCAGCUGAGCAAGGAGGUGGAGGAGGACCAGGCGGAGGUGGAGGCGCUGCGGCGGGAGUGCGUGGCGAUGCGGGAGGAGAUGGAGGAGGAGCGGCGGAUGCUGCAGAUGGCGGAGGUGUGGCGGGAGGAGCGGGUGCAGAUGAAGCUCUCCGACGCCAGGGCGGUGCUGGAGCACAAGUACGCCCACCUCAACUCCCUCCACGCCGACAUGGACUCCUUCCUCCGACGCCUCAACCACAACAAGCACGCCCUCCUCUUCCGCACCCGGAUGGCCGACGCCGCCACCUCCCUCCGCGCCGCCAACCACCACUUCCUCUCCGCCCCCGCCCCCGCCGCCCACGACCACAACCUCUUGUUCGACCACUUCCGCCGCAACACCACCCACACCAACAACACCGACGCGUCGCCGUCGUCGAGUGUUGCGAGCCCCGCAACCGACCUUUUCCUUGAAAAGGCCGAUGCCGAUGUCGAUGUCGAUGCUGCUGCUGCUGGUGGUGGCUGGGCAUGGGAAACCCCUCCUCCUGCUGCUGCUGAUCGCGCUGCUUCUACUAGUAACAGUGCUAGUAACAAUAACAACAAUGGCGGCAGCGGAGUAACGGAGGAGGGUGGCUCCGGCAGGAGCAGGCGGUCCGGCAACUUCAACACGGCGCUGAUCCGCAGGCUGUGGCGCUCAGCCCUCAGCGAGAGCAGGAAGAAGACAGCAGCAGCUUCUUCCUCGGGGAGAAGCAGAGUCGUGCAGAGCGGCUGCUCACCGUCUUAUUCCGACAGAAACAGAGACAGAGACAGGGACUCGGCGAGGUCGAGUGUGAUCGAUCCGGCUAGUCAAGCAGCUAAGGAGGAGGAGAAGAAGAAGAAGAAGAAGAGCCUUAUGGAGAAGCUGAUGGAGGCGAGGAUGGACGACGCUGAGGACAGACAGAAGAAGCCACAGGCAGCAGCAUAGCCAUCACUCCACCAUCCACUGUGAAUGAAGCUCAAGCGUGAUGCAGUUGCAAAUUAAGCUAACAAGACACGGUAUACGUACAGCUAGCUAUCAAGCUCCAUCCAUUCCCAUUGAUACAUGUAAAGUAUGUACUGUACUACAUUCAUAUGUGUACCACAAUCUCUGUACAUUAUUCUUUUUAUUAUUGCUCUACUCCAUUGUACAUACAUACUGAUUGUGAUUGCUACCACUUCCAGUACUCCAGUACAGUACAGACAUAUAUAUGUGCCUGCUAACUACAA